AUGGAUAGCUUCGAUCUCCUCGUGAUCAACGGUCUGGUCGUGACGGCGUCCGACACCGCCAACUACGACAUCGCCAUCAAAGAUGGGAAGAUCGCGCUGCUGGCUCCUCCGGGCGUGCUGGACGUGAAGAAGGCGACCAAGGUGAUUGACGCCGAGGGGGGGUAUGUCAUGCCCGGGGGCAUCGAUUGCCAUGUCCACCUCGAAGAACCUGCGCUGUUUGGAGGCAAGGGGAGGAGCUCCGACACCUUCGAGACCGGAACAAGAAGCAGUAUUUGCGGAGGCACCACGACGAUUGUAGCGUUUGCGCCUCAGCCGAAAACCAUCCCUUCUCUUCUGCAGGUUCUGGAAGACACCCAUGCCCGAGCCCGGGGGAAUUGCUAUACCGACUACUCGUUCCACCUGCUCGUCGGAUAUCCGGGCGAGCAGGCGCUGUCGGAAUUCCCGCGGCUGCGCGAACUCGGCAUCUCCUCGCUCAAGAUCUACAUGACCUAUGCGGCGCUGCAAUUACGGGACGACGAGAUCUUGGACGUGCUCCUGGCGUCGAGAAAGGAAGGCAUCACCACCAUGAUCCACGCCGAGAAUGGCGACGUGCUGAACUGGAUGACCAAGAAGUUGGAGGAGAGACGAUUGUUUGCGCCCAAAUACCAUGCCACGUCGCGGCCGCAGAUCGUGGAGACCGAGGCUACGAACCGGGCCAUUGCGUUGGCUGAGUUGAUGGAUGCGCCGAUUUUGGUCGUCCACGUCUCCUCCCCCAGCGCCGCAGCUCAUCUCCGAAACGCCCAGACACGCGGUCUCCCCGUCUACGCCGAGACGUGUCCGCAAUACCUCUUCCUGACGCGCGGGGAUCUCGACAAACCCGAUUUCGAAGGCGCCAAAUGCGUCUGCUCGCCGCCGCCGCGCGAGUCCUCCGACGACCAUGAAGCCAUCUGGAUCGGUCUGGCCAAUGGCACGUUCACCGUCCUGUCCUCCGACCACUGUCCCUUCAUGUACGACGACUACGAGACGGGUAAGAAAUCCAUCAUCAGCAAGGACUAUCCGGAAGGUCGAUUCAGCGGGAUCCCCAACGGCUGUCCGGGCGUCGAGACCCGACUGGCCGUUACCUUGAGUGCGAACCGGCUCCCCCUGCAGAAAUUCGUCGAGGUCACCAGCACAAACGCCGCCCGGCUUUACGGCCUCUAUCCUCAGAAAGGGACCAUCCUGCCGGGCGUCAGUGAUGCCGACCUGACCAUCUGGUAUCCGCCGGGGAAGCUGGGGACUUUCAAACUCACCAAUUCCAUGCUCCAUCACAACGUGGACUAUACUCCGUUUGAGGGGAUGGAGUUGAACCAGUGGCCGAGAUAUACUAUUUUGAGAGGAGAGAUGGUUUGGGAUAGAGACGGCGGUGGUCUGCUUGCAAAGAAAGGCUGCGGCAAGUUUGUGGCGAGAGGGAAGAGCACGCUGCCUGGGCCGAGGAAACAAGGGGAAUGGGAUGUCAGUGCUUUCUGA